ACAAGGGAUGCAGGCUGUCAGCUUGUGGGUCUGAGGAGCUGUCACAGAGAGAGAGAAAGAGAGAGAGAGAGAGGGGGAGAGCGAGCGAGCGAGAGAGGUUAGGAGCGCAGGAGAACGCUUCUCUUCUCCAGAUGGUGUUUUAAACGCAGACAGAAGGGUCAUUAGACAACACACCAGCUUCCAAGCACUGACAACAACAAAAAUAAACCAAAACGCGAGAUGGUGCAGAGCGAAACAACGCAGAAUGUGUAACAUCAGUUAGCUGGGACACGAAUGAUGUUUUUAAUGGACCGUUUUUUCGCGUUCAGUGUGGAGGGAGUUCGCGACGAGCAGUUGGAGUAUUAACGGGAAGAUCUCCGAAACACUCCCUAUCUGAAUCAUUUCUGUAGACGAGGACUUUGAGGAUUUACAAAAGACAAUAUUCACUAUACUUCUACUUGGAAACAUGGAGCAUCAGUGGCAAUAUUAAAAACAUCUUCUCUCUUAUAGGAGGGAUCGCGGACAUCUACUGUGGAAUACGGUAUAAAAACCACCAAGAACGCGAGAUCUGAAUUGGAGGACUUUGCGAUUUAUUUUUUUUGCGAUUUGAGAAAUCGAAGCGAACUUUUUUUCGCCCUGUGCAUUUUUACUAAGAAAUUUGUUAACACGUUUCAAGAUUUCGACAUUUUAAAGGAACGUAAUACCAAAGUCUCUCUACUUUAAUACUAAAGCUCCGCUGUGUUCUAGCUUUGUAUGAUAUGUUUUCGAUUUCUUGAAACUGAAUUACCUCAUUAUUUAUUACUAUAACGAAAAGUCAACAUCGUGUGCAAUCCAAAGGAGUUCAGAACUCUCUCUUUCUCUCAGACACUCUUUGAUAAAACGACAUAUAUACGCUUUUUAUUCAUUUUGGAAAGUUCACACCUUUUUCAGUGAUAAUCGAGGCGUAAUAAUCUCCGUUUCUUUCUGUUUUUAUUUUUCGCGUGGAUUAUUUUUUGCUGCAAAUACCUCAGUUUGACUUCGACCUUCAAAAUGUGUCUCAAUACUUACUCAGGGGUGAAGGCUCUGUUAUGGCAAAUUGUCCCAGCAGUCCAUCUGGUUGUCCUACCGUGGCAACCCCAGGCUCCCAGCGGGAGUGGCAGUGAGAGGGAGCAGCAAGGACGGGCAAGGGGGCAUUUGCCAUGGUUUCAGCCCUGUUUAUCCCUCCAAACAGUGGGAAAGACGGCGACGGUGUGGUAGCACAGGACAGAAGGCUGGAACGAUGCCAGAUUCACCUGCUGAUGUCAAAACCCAGCCCAGGUCAACUCCGCCCACAAUGCCACCUCCACCCCCUGCUGUCAGCCAGGCAGCCAAUCGCAACGCAUCAUUCACACCCACAACAAUGCUGAAUGGGAGCAGUCACUCCCCCACGUCACUAAACGGAGCUCCCUCAACCCCCAAUGGCUUCAGCAAUGGACCGGCCACCUCCUCUACCGCUUCUCUGCCCACCCAGCAGCUUCCCCCUGCCUGCGGAGCCCGGCAACUCUGUAAGCUUAAGCGUUUCCUCACCACACUGCAGCAGUUUGGCAACGACAUCUCGCCCGAGAUUGGAGAACGUGUACGUAGCCUGGUGCUGGGGCUAGUGAACUCAACUCUAACCAUUGAAGAGUUCCACUCCAAACUUCAGGAAGCCACAAACUUUCCCUUGCGUCCCUUUGUCAUUCCAUUUCUGAAGGCUAACUUGCCCCUCCUGCAGAGGGAGCUGCUUCACUGUGCUCGGAUGGCUAAGCAGACCCCAGCCCAGUAUCUGGCCCAGCACGAACAGCUGCUGCUGGAUGCCAACGCCAGCUCUCCCCUGGACUCCUCCGAGAUCAUGCUGGAACUCAACGAGCAUGGCAAGAGACGUACCCCGGACAGGACCAAAGAGAGUGCAGGGGACCGAGACGGCUUGCACCCGGAGCACCUGGCCAAACGUCCAUGCACAGUGAGCCCGAGUCAGCGCUUCAGCCCAAGCAGUGUUUUACCUGCUCACCCUCUCCCCAACGGCCUACAGAGUCAUCCACCCAAUGGCCUUCCACAUCCUAACCCUCCUGCCCCACAGCACUACCGUUUGGAAGACAUGGCACUCGCCCACCACUACAGAGACACUUACAGACAUGCAGAGCACAGGGACGUCCGGGAUCGUCACCGGCAGACAGCCGUGCAUGGAACACGUCAAGAGGAAGUGAUUGAUCAUCGGCUGACAGACCGCGAGUGGGCUGAGGAAUGGAAGCACCUCGAUAACUUGCUGAACUGUAUAAUGGAUAUGGUGGAGAAGACACGGCGUUCCCUCACCGUGCUGCGACGCUGCCAGGAGGCGGACCGUGAGGAGAUGAACCACUGGAUCCGUCGCUAUAGCGACGUGGAGGAUAUGAAAAAAGGUGGGAGCUCCGCCCAGCGGCCUCCUCCUCUUCCUCCCCACCACAACUCUUCCUCCUCCAACACUCCUAACAGCAGCGACACACAACCGCUAGAAAUCCACAGAGACUUCCUGCACCGGCCCCCGUCAGGCUACCUACCCGAGGAGAUCUGGAGGAAGGCUGGUGCUACAAGUAUCCCGCUCUCGCCAGCAUUAAAGCAACUUCAGAACAAGCAGGAGGAGGCAGUAAAUGAAGUGAAGAGACAGGCCAUGUCAGAGCUGCAGAAGGCGGUAUCGGAUGCUGAGAGGAAAGCUCACGAGAUGAUCUCUGCUGAGCGCUCCAAGAUGGAGAGAGCUCUGGCCGAGGCUAAGAGACAGGCCUCUGAGGAUGCGCUGACUGUCAUUAACCAGCAGGAGGACUCCAGUGAAUCCUCGUUCGUCUCCCUCCAACAGAGCUGCUGGAACUGUGGUCGCAAGGCUAGCGAGACGUGCAGCGGAUGCAACACUGCACGCUACUGUGGCUCUUUCUGUCAGCACAAGGACUGGGAGAAGCACCAUCACGUAUGCGGCCAGGGCCUGCCCGGGAGUAGCAGCGGGCCACUCGGGACACCAUCUACCACCUCCAUCUCCUCCUCGUCCAGCGCGCCCCCCACACACUCCGAGAGCACCCCUCCAGGCCCCCUGUCCCUGGUGGGGCAAACCAGCAGCAGUGGCAGUCCCAAGGAAGCGAGCUCCAGCAGCGUUUCUCGCUCAACCACUCCAGCAACACCCGCUCUGAUGGAUUCCUCGUCCCGCUGACUGAUGAACCCCAAAUCUUAACCCAUGCCCAGCCACGUCUACUGCUGCUACAGCAUCCUUCAUCCAAAACAAGCUGAGGAACCUCCACCAUACUUACCAUCCUCUCAAAAUGAACUACGGCAACCUGGCUUCCACAUCUGCAUUAAGAUCUUGUUUUCUCAGUCUCCAAAAAACCCAUCAAGGCUCAGAUUCCUUCACAAAAGGAUAUACUGUGUUUAAUGCAACAUGAGCAGGGUCUGUUAUACUGGAUGCCACCGAGAACGCCAGGAAAACACGUAUAGUUACACAUUACAUGUUUUAUUCAUGUAUAAGACAAUUUUAGGCAUGGCCUCAGUUACCUACACCCUUUAAGUGAGGUGUGCUCUGUGUGAAUUGGGGUGGCACCAUACUCUGAACAUGUCUUGACCCAGGUAGGACUAAAUAUACAGUAUGUAGGACGGAUUCCUCUAAAAUGACCGACAGCCGCCACUGCGGGAUGUCAAUAACGGACAAGAGCACUCGGAAAAUCUUCCACCACAGAGCUACUUCCUCACAACAUGACACACUGCAUUUCAUUUUUUGGCUUUAAUUAAAACAAAAGAAAAGUCCAAAAAUCCAAAAGAAAUAAUAAUGAUGAUUAAUAAGAAGAAGAAAACCUGUUAACUACCUUGCUAGCGAGCCAAGAAAAUCUACACCAGACUCACCUCUCUGUACUGACGUGAACCCAAAUGAAUUUUAAGUGAAAAAAAAAAGAACAUGAUCCAAACCUUUUUAUUACACUGCCAAAGUUACUAAGAAGCACUCAUCUUGUAACCAAACGCAAACAACUUCACCUCCUCAGCAGUAAAGCCAGCCCAGAGUUCCACAGUCUGUGGAGAGGUGGCAUGGUGACUAGACACUCAAACCUUCACUGUGCCCACUGUGCUGCCCACUCAGAUCCUGAGGAACGCAGACUUUAGCCCGGAUCCAUGGCUAUGGCAACGGAGGGUUGCACCUGGGAUGCUUAAAGCAAGUCACCCAGUCCACCGCAAAGAGAAAUGACAUGAAAACGAAAGAGAAGGCGAGGAUGAGUAAACGAAAAGAGACAGAUUGGCCUCAAAAGGAAAGACGAACGGCAACGGAACUGCCAAAAACCUCAUUGGAUUGUACACUAAGAAUGAGCCUUUUCUUGUGAAACAUUUUCGUUUGGUUUUCCUAAAGCUCUCUGAAUGCUGAGACAUUUCAUUUUGUUGUACGAUUUCAUUCUCCCUUGUUUUCCAAAGCAUGACAAGACUGUAGAGUCUCACGAGACUGGCGUAGACUUGGUUCUCUUUUCUCUCGCUCUUUCUACCUCCCCCCAUCUUCUAUAUGUUCAUCCCUUUUGUCUCCUGACAGAACCUCUAAGCAGAUAUCCAUGAAGGGAUCAAACGUUGCUUGUAGAUAUUACUUUCUGUUUCUGGAUGUCUCUGUCUUCAAUAUCUGCUUGUGUGCGUACUCAGAACGAGGAACGCGUUCUUUCUUUGUCUUCUUUUAGGUUUCAGCCGAACAUUGGACAGAAAAAGACACUCUAAUGGGAGAGAAGCUGUGUUGUACCUAUUGUUCGAUUUGUUGUAUGGAUAUUGAUGAUGAGAAUCCUCAUGUAGAAUAUUUUAUAUUGCUCGCAUUGUAAGACAGUGAGAGAACGGAGGUGCAAUAUGAAAAGAGAAUUCAGCUACUGAAUGGAACCUCAGAAACGGCCCUUAGGGUAUCUUAUAAUAUAAAUAUACAUAUAAAUAUAUCUAAAAUUACCACAGUAAAUUAAUGUGAAUGUACAUAGUAUUUAAAAAGAGGUCCAAAAAUGAGUUUGCCAAAUAACAGAAACCUUUAAAGUAUAAUGUCUAGAAUUUAAUUUCUCUCCAUUUAAUCUUUUCUGUCUGAAUGAUCAUUUUACAACGUCUGUUGUAACCGUGAAGGAGGAAGAGGUCUUCACAUCACCGCUCGUGUAGAUUACUGCCAGAGGACUCUGCUUAUUGACACCAUGGGCGAGACGUUUUUGUAUCCAUAAGCGUGUCGAAGCAAAUGCCAUCACUUUAACGACACGCCAAACCACAAUAGAUUGACCUAUCUCGCCCCGCUGAGAAGCUCCCAGACUAGAAUCUGUGUGAAACAUUGCCAUCCUUUGGGCCAAAGUGUCACUGCAGUGGUCCAAUGUGUAAUUUGCACACAUAAACACACAUGCAUGCACAAACAAUCACAAAACCAAACCCUCGAUUAUUCAUAGUCCAAGUGUCUGACACAAGAAUAAAGCAAACACUAUCUGGUUCUCAUCUGGUUUUGCUACAGUUCCCAGAUUUUGCUUUGGACAUCACGUUGUGAUCCAACAUAGUACCGAAGCAUAAUCCAUAUUUAAUGUAGUCUGGAUAAUAUCUGUAGAAGUUGCUGUGUGCACUGAGCAAGCUCUGCUGAUCCCAACAUUCAUGUUCCUUAAGGGUUGUUCGUGACGGCAGUUACGACGGACAAGACUACCCCUCAGAGUAAAAAUACUUAGAAUUUUGCCACCAGCUUACGCUUGCAACCCUGUUUACAGCCUUUGUUUUGGUCAGAUAUAAUUUUCUGCAGUCUAACUGAAACACCAAUUUUGCUGAUUACGUGGCGCUCCUCUGAUACGGACCAAACUUGAAAGGCCAGUUUUAUUUUUGGUGUUGCUUUAGGUGUGAGGUGGGUUGAUGGUUUAAUUUUCCACGUGGCAUGUGUGAAUUAUCUAUCUAACUAUCGGAUUUCUAAAUUAAUAUAUGAACUCAUCCAGAAAAUAUCAGCAAAACAUGAUCUAAAAACCAGUGAAUUACUAGAACACCAGUCUGAUGUAAUAAGUCUCUCUCUCUCUCACCCAUUUUGAGGAGGAUUUUUCAUGAACCAUCCUCUCUUUUCUUACUAGCUACCUCCUGUAAACAAACCCAAGACAGUUUGAAUGAAUGAAACCACUAGCAGACAUGCAAAUCUAUCAUCCUGCUCGAGCUAAACAAGACAUUUCAACAUAGAAACUCAAGAAAUUGGUAUGUUUUGUCCACAUUUUCAUGCCUACACAAGUGAUGAGCAAACAAAGUCCUGUUUUUUCAUGGGCUGUUAUACAACAAAUUAAGCCAAAAACACUCUACAGAAGUACGUAGCGAUGCAAAAGCGUGCACUCUUGUGUUACUGUUGUGUUACUGCGGCGGUAACCAAACUCAGUUCUCAAGGGUGUAAAGUAAAGUUACUUUCAAAUGUCUGUGCCGUUAAACCGGAUGAGUUAUUAUUCAGGUAGCUAAAUGUUGACAGUUGAAACCAACUUUACCUAACUUGCACAGCAAAAUUCUCUUUAAACAGUUGCUCUGCUAUGACUUUAGUUUACCUGUCUGUAGAAGAGUACUGAUUGUAGAAAAAAAGUGUUUACAUUCAUGCCCGCUAUGGCAAGUCUUAGAGUUGUUGUGUCAUGAACGGUUCUGACACUGUUCAGAAUGCAACAAUGAGUGAAAUUGAGCUUGCGUAUAGUUGUACUUGCUUAGAAUGUUUUGAGCCCUGAACAUAAACAUGUCUCAUAAAUAUCCAAAAUGAUAAAAGCACAGACCAAAGCAUAACUGCACAUCCAUAGAAGUCGUUUGGACAUUGCAUCGCUUAAAAAAGCAGCCUGAAUGUGGGUGAGCGACUAUACCCAUAAACCAAAGUGUACAAAAUGACCAUGUUGAAAGCACAAGACGACAGCAAACACAUUGAGAGAAGAGAUCGGUACUAUUAUUCCAAGCCAGGGGAGUGCUUGUUCCUGGCAUCCAAAGGAAAUCAGAUAAGAUUAAAAAUACUUCUAACAUUUAAACCAACCUUGCUCAAAGAUUUCAUUAUGGGAAUGCACGAGUGCACGACUUUCUAUUAAUGAUUUUGCUAAGGAACUUACUUGAAUCUCAAGAGCUUUAAAAUAACACCAUUAGCAAAGUUAUGGUAGAGAACUUCCAUAAACUCAUUUUGAGCUUUGCAUGUCUGCUAGUCCAGAACUCAUACAAAUAUAUAUUUGCAAUAUUUUUGGCCAUUCUGCUCCUAACCAAAAUCGAACCAAAAACACCAUGCAAAUGCAUCUUUAACUGUGUGCUGUAAUCCCGCUGUUAUCUGGCAUAUCGAAGGGCCGUCAUUCUCAAAGCAAAUUUGUGGAUGCCUAGAUUUGGUCAGCAUUUGGCCUUGUCAGUGAACCCAAGGUGGGCAGCUGCUCUAUUCAAAGACUGACAUUGGGAAAGAGAGAGAGAAACUACAUCCUACACAUUAAGCAAACAGACUCUUGAAGUAAAACGGAUGCUGAAGGAUAACUAGUCAACAACUUGUUUUUAGUGAUGACCUGUUUAUCUUGACAUCCCAAAAGCCCUCCUGAAAAAACAAAACAGCUUAAACCAGCCUAAGGUCACCAAGCUGGUUUCUGCCUGGGAGACUAGCGAUAUUACCAAAACCAGCUUAAAUCAACUAAGACGAGACCAGCAAACCAUUUUGGGCCGGUUUAAGUAAUUUUUCAAUAAAAUAUCCCUGCAUAUCACUAAUGUUGUCCAGCAUCACUAAUGUUUUUAUUUUCUUCAUUUUUAAUGACUAGGCCUAUACCAUCCACUAAGGUUAACAGAAAAACUGUACAAAUGGAAACCUUUUACCACACAAGGCUGUAGUAGAAACCUUACACUACUGUAGAACUGAACAUUGCUCUGACUAGCAGAGUGGGCCGGGCAUUGAACACGCACACGAUAAAUGCCAUAACAGCAAGAUACAUAUUUCUGUACUAACAAAGGCUUGGUUUGAUACAUUUAGGCAAACAUGAUAUACUGUAUUGUGCAAUACAUCAUAACAGGAAAAGGCAUUGUUUCAAAAGGAAAGGUUGGUGUGUUAAAUAAAUUUUUUCUUUUCUCUUUCAAGGUCCUGUUAUCAUUCUCUAGACUAUGUGAACUGUGCCAGGAGAGUUUUAUUUAUUUCUUGCAUGCUCUUUUCCCCCUUUUGCAAUUCCCUCACCCUCUCUUACUGUGCGCUUUGUUGGACAUGUGACGCUGUAAACAUUCUAAAUCAGGUUAUUGUCUGUGUUGAGAUACGUAUCUGUGUAAUUAAAAAGACAGUGAAAUAUGA